AUGAGUGGCAACCGGCAGGCAAAGGGAAAGACUCCCGUAUGGAACUGGCGUAAUGGACCAUUGUACGACAGACCACCGUCGUGCGACCGGGAUUCUGACGAAGCACCUGAUCCAGAACCUUUCGCAUACGCAUCUUCUUCCGAAGCACAGACCCCCAAUUCUUUCGUAUACCCGCCUUCUUCCGGUGGUCAAAAUUCUGUCAAUGACAUGAGCUCUACCAAGUCUCAACGUUCAGUCGAUAACCUCGCCACCGGUCUCGGAGACCUGGGCUUUCAGUCCCAGGGUGGCUAUGAUCCAGGACAGCAGAUGAAUGCCUUGAUGCAUCAAUUGUCUCGUUCAGGUCAAGACCAAUAUCUUUCGCCGGAAACCGCUGCAUACGAUUCAUACGGUUCAUACGAGGUACCCGGAUAUGGCUUAUCAGGUUUUCCAAGCUCGCUGCAUAUGAGUAGCGGCAGUAUUUCACGAGCUUCACCCGGUAUUAGUGCCUACGGAGAUGACGAAGAAGAUAUGACAGGCUUUAAUCCAGAUCAACCUUUUGAUUCAUCAAGCCAGGUGCGAUCGUAUCGUAAUCCUGCCUAUGCUUCAUCAAGUCGGGAUCCGCCGUACCCGCAUCAGUACUCUACGCAAGCUAUGUCAAGUCAGCCGCCGCAGUACGCCCAGGUCUACCAAGAUAAACGCGGCCACUCGCAAGUUGCCACAAGCUCCAGUUCUUCUUAUCAAGGAGAGGGCAAAAGCAAGGGUAAGAAGAAGAGAAAUCAAUAUUAG